UGUUUGGGUAUUGACGCGCGUGGUGAGCCAAAUGAAAUUAGACACGUGAUCGUCAAGAUGGCACCCGGCGAGGAUUUUCGGGCAAGAGUUGAACUGGCAUCACAAGCUGGAGAAGAGUUUUACCAAUUAUUUUAUGACACAGUGGACAAGAAAAGACAUUUACUAAAGAAAUUAUAUGAAGAAUCAGCUACAUGUGUUUGGAAUGGUAAUACAUUUAAAGGAGCUACAGACAUUGUACAGUUUUAUGAAAGUCUACCCAUAACACAGCAUAAUAUUACAUCUAUAAAUGCUGUACCAUUGUUAGAAUCUUUAACACCUGGACAGACCACCAUUGUUGUUACUGUUUUUGGAACUGUGAAAUAUGAUAAACAAACCAAAUCAUUUUAUCAGAACUUUACCCUUUCAUCACAUUCUACAGUGUGGAAAAUAAUCAGUGAUGUGUUCAGAUUUUUAAAUCAAUAAUAACUACACCUAAUUUACUGUUCACAGAUUAAAGACAUUUUUUUUUUCAAAAAGGAAGAAGUAAAUAAAUUCAUCAGUGAAUAGAGUUUUAUGUUUGCCUCCACCUCCACAAUAAAGACUACAUUUACAUUUAUCA